ACCUUCAAGUCUCAUCUUCCAAAGAAAUAUCCAAUCUCUUCCCUCUCUUCCAUUCCUCAUCUUAUUUACGAUCCUGCAAUUCCAUGGCGCCCAAGGCCGAGAAGAAACCCGCGGAGAAGAAGCCGGCCUCUGAGAAGGCAGCAGAAGAGAAGAAAGCUGAGAAAGCUCCUGCCGAGAAGAAGCCCAAGGCCGAGAAGCGACUUCCCAAAGAAGGCGGUGGGGCGAGCGGAGACAAGAAGAAGAAGAAGCGAUCGAAGAAGAACGUAGAGACGUACAAGAUCUACAUCUUCAAGGUCUUGAAGCAGGUCCAUCCCGACAUUGGCAUUUCCAGCAAGGCCAUGGGGAUCAUGAACAGCUUCAUCAACGACAUCUUCGAGAAGCUUGCUCAGGAAUCUUCCAAGCUGGCUCGCUACAACAAGAAGCCCACCAUAACUUCGCGGGAGAUUCAGACGUCUGUUCGUCUCGUUCUGCCAGGAGAGCUGGCCAAGCAUGCCGUGUCUGAAGGCACCAAGGCUGUUACGAAAUUCACCAGCUCUUGAAGAUGCGGGGAUGCUGCUGAUGGCAUGAAUGUAAUCGCUGGCGUUUUUUAGGGGUAGAUCCAUAUGGAGAAUUAGGGUUUCCUUGUUUGUAGCUUUUUUGGUUUUCCUUUUUACUGAUGUUUUGUUGUUCAUAUGGCGAAUUUUUCAAAUCUGAAAUAGAAAUGCUUUUUCUUCGAUCCA